AUGACCAAGGAAAUAAAUAAACCUCGACAUAUAGGAAACCUAACGAGAACAUUUGUAAUAGAUAAAUUUUCAAGAAAAACAUCAAAUGUUUCUCAAUGGAUGAAUAUUUUUGAAACAGAAUGUGCUCGUUUAGGAAUAGAUGAAGAUACAAAAAAAAUUGAGGCUCUGAGGAGAAACAUGACACAGACCGGCGGCCAUGCAGAAUUUGUGAAAAAGAAGAAAAAGGAACUCGCUAUCAUCCAGAAUCUCGGUGUUGGUUCAAAAACAAAAACAGUGAUCGACCACGAAGAGACCACAUUAAAAGCAUUAACAAUUCUGAAUUAG